ACUUGCUUCUUUUCCACAUAUUGUGGGUUGAUGGGUGGAGAGCAGUAGCACACUUACUGUUGGAGGAGUUUUGAGUGGCCUUCUUUCUCCCACUCUUACUACUGGUCUUUGGCCACUGUCUUCCUGGUUUCUUCCUCAUCCUGCCCUGCAAUUUGGAUCUUGAUGCUUCGGGCCUGCAAAUCUUGGAAUCCCUUCGGGUAAGUUCUUGAGGAGGAGAGGAGAGGAGAGGAGAGGGGAUGGCAGGUGGUGGAGGAGCGGCGCCGGCGCCGAAGCAGGACGAGUUGCAGCCGCACCCGGUGAAGGAUCAGUUGCCCAAUGUCUCCUACUGCAUCACCAGCCCGCCUCCCUGGCCUGAAGCCAUACUUCUUGGUUUUCAACAUUUUCUGGUUAUGCUAGGCACUACUGUUAUCAUCCCCACUGCUCUUGUUCCUCAAAUGGGCGGAGGAAAUGAUGAGAAAGCCAGGGUAGUCCAGACAUUGCUGUUUGUGGCUGGUAUCAACACUCUAUUCCAAACUUUGUUUGGUACACGGUUGCCGGCUGUAAUUGGAGGUUCUUAUACUUUUGUUGUGCCAACCAUCUCUAUUAUCUUGGCUGGUCGCUACAGUAAUAUUGUGGAUCCGCACGAGAAAUUUUUGCGUAUAAUGCGUGGAACACAGGGUGCCCUGAUUGUUGCUUCAACCCUUCAAAUUAUUGUCGGUUUCAGUGGUCUUUGGCGAAACGUAGCUAGAUUCUUAAGUCCACUGGCAGUGGUUCCUCUGGUUGCACUUGCUGGCUUUGGACUUUAUGAGCUUGGUUUUCCUGGGGUUGCCAAGUGCAUCGAAAUUGGGCUACCACAGAUAAUUCUUUUAGUCAUAUUCUCACAGUACAUUCCUCAUUCUCUACAUUCAGAGAAGCCUGUGUUUGAUCGAUUUUCUGUCAUACUUUCGGUUGCAAUUGUAUGGCUUUAUGCAUACUUCCUUACGGUGGGAGGAGCUUAUAGACAUACACCACCAAAGACACAAUUACAUUGCCGUACGGAUCGUUCAGGGCUUGUUGGUGGUUCUCCCUGGAUUAGAUUUCCAUAUCCUUUCCAAUGGGGUGCACCAACAUUUGAUGCUGGUGAAGCUUUUGCAAUGAUGGCUGCUUCAUUUGUUUCCCUUGUUGAGUCUACUGGAACUUUCAUUGCAGUCACAAGAUAUGCAAGUGCGACACCAUUGCCUCCAUCAGUUCUCAGUCGUGGUAUUGGUUGGCAGGGCAUUGGUAUCUUGUUGGAUGGACUAUUUGGAACAGCAAACGGAUCCUCAGUAUCUGUUGAAAAUGCUGGUUUACUGGCUUUAACACGAAUUGGCAGCCGAAGGGUUGUUCAAAUAUCUGCAGGAUUCAUGAUUUUCUUUUCUAUUCUUGGAAAAUUUGGAGCAGUUUUUGCAUCGAUUCCCGCACCAAUUUUUGCAGCACUGUAUUGUCUUUUCUUUGCAUAUGUUGGUGCUGCAGGUCUUAGUUUUCUGCAGUUCUGCAAUCUCAACAGCUUCCGAACUAAGUUCAUCCUAGGAUUAUCUGUUUUCAUGGGUCUGUCAGUUCCCCAGUACUUCAAUGAGUACACUUCUGUUGCUGGUUAUGGUCCAGUUCAUACUAAAGCAAGAUGGUUUAAUGAUAUCAUCAAUGUAAUAUUCUCUUCAAAGCCAUUUGUUGCUGGCUUAGUCGCAUUUUUCUUGGAUAAUACCCUCCAUAGGCAUCAUGAUGCGACAAAAAGGGACAGAGGUUAUCAUUGGUGGAAAAGGUUCCGAAGCUUCAAGGCAGAUACAAGAAGUGAGGAAUUCUAUGCAUUGCCAUUUAACCUCAAUAAAUUUUUUCCAUCUGUAUGAGCCUCCAGGCUAGGUGUUCUUCAGAGUAUGUCUAAUCUUGUCAAUUUAGAGAGUUCUUUGGGCGAAGCCAUGGUGUAUUUUGUUUUCCUUCUUGGCCUAAAGAAAAUUCUUGUGGUACAAGUGAACCCAAAUUGGUUUGCCUUUUGCAAUUUUCUAUGAAUAUAUGUUUGAUUUGUAUAUUGA